AUGCCCCAUAUACACGAUGAUGCGUCUCCAGAUGCCCCUCUCAUCGCAGACCGCGGACAAGGCGGCAACCACGCUCCCUCGACGACAACGGCACAGUCCUCUGCAAAUGCCUUCAUAUGGGCUUUGACGGUUUCUGCUUGCGUAUCAGGACUGCUCUUUGGCUAUGACACGGGAGUCAUAAGCAGUACCUUGGUCUCGAUCAGUACCGACCUGUCCUCUCGCCAUUUGACGACCCUCGACAAAGGACUUAUAACUUCUUGCACCAGUCUGUUUGCGCUCGCUGCCAGUCCCAUUGCCGGCGUCUUGGCGGAUAAGAUUGGGAGGAAAAACAUCAUCUUAUUCGCAGACGCCCUUUUCACACUGGGCGCUUUAUGGCAGGCCGUCACAACGUCUGUUUGGGGGAUGAUACUGGGCCGAGGUGUUGUGGGACUAGCCAUCGGAGGAGCCAGUCUCAUCGUGCCUUUGUAUAUCUCUGAAUUAGCACCCAGUCAUCUAAGGGGCAGACUCGUUACGGUGUCUCUUCUCUUCAUCACUGGCGGACAAGUCAUUGCUUACUUGAUCGGAUGGGCCUUUUCCACCAUGAAGGGCGGAUGGCGGUGGAUGGUCGGCUUAGGCUGUGCUCCGGCACUUGCACAGCUUGUCAUGUUAGCAUUCAUGCCCGAGACGCCUCGCUAUCUGGCCAAAGUGCAGAGAGAAACGGAAGCUCGAGCGGUCUUGAAGAGAGUCUAUCACGGGAUGGCAGACAAUACCACCGACCUUGUCGACGAGACUAUACACGCCAUUAACAAGGAGCUGCUUGACGAAGAAGAGGCCCACGUCCAGCUCCGUCACUCGGCACAGUCCAAAUCUGGGUUCUUGAUCUCCCCAACCUUACAGUCUCUCCUCCUCCACCCUCCGCAUGCUCGAGCGCUCACAAUCACCUGCACAUUACAAGGCCUCCAGCAACUGUGUGGGUUCAACAGCCUCAUGUACUUCUCGGCUACCAUCUUUCAACUCUUGGGCUUUCAAUCGCCCACCUUGACAUCACUCAGUGUCGCCGGGACGAACUUUUUGUUCACCAUUGCGGCGUUUCAUCUGAUUGACCGGUUGGGCAGGAGGCGGAUUUUGCUGCUCACUAUUCCGGUCAUGGUCCUGGCCCUUCUCCUGUGUGCUGGAGCGUUCUCAUUCGUUCCUUUGCACUCAGGCGAUAGGAUAGAAACCACAGUGAAUAGUCCUUCUGGAAACCCGGUUCCGCCUCUCCCCGCGAUAGCCAUCCUGGUCGCCAUGCUUCUCUACGUCUCAACCUACGCUAUGGGCCUCGGCCCUGUCCCCUGGCAACAAUCCGAGCUUUUCCCGCUCUCCGUCCGUUCCCUAGGCUCCUCGCUGGCGACCGCAACCAAUUGGUUCUGCAACACCGUCGUCGGCCUGACCUUUCUGCCCAUGAUGGAUUUUCUGGGCGCGCAGUGGACGUUCGUCACGUACGCGGGCAUUUGUGCGCUGGGCUGGGUGGUUGUAUGGUCGAUUUACCCAGAGACAAUGGGAUUGAGGUUGGAAGAAGUCGGCGAGUUGUUGAAGAACGGCUGGGGGGUCGACGAGAGUUUGGAACGGUUAGAGAGGUCUAGAGGGAGUACGAGUGCGUCAGCUGACUAG